GUCAAUACGCCUCGAAUUAUUCGCUUCUUUAGUCGCAUUAUAGGCGAACUUCAAUUGACGUUAUAGCAAUUUGAACUCUAUUUCAACCGCAUGUGCUCUUUCAGCUGAGUGUGGUUCCGUGCUUGUCGCGGUCAGUCGGUGCCGGAUUAAUUCCUCGUGUUGUUAUGGCUCUCGGUAGUGAAGUGAAUGAUGAUAAUACUACGAAACAAUCUACGCAAAAAGUGAAAAAAUGUCCAGUGACCAGUAGUAUAAGCGAAAAAAGUGGUGGCGAGAAUGUUAACAAAGCUGCUAAAACCGAGAAGGGGAAUAAGACAAAGAAAGAAAUGAGCGCUAGUUUAAAAGCAGUAACAUGUAGUAAUGGUCACGCUAGUACUCCAAACGGCCGCGCCGAUGACGAAGGCGGUGGUGGAAACGGCACGUUGCCGCGUGUCUCCUACGCAGCCGCUGCACGUAAGGCACCCUCGCCGCAGACUAAUAACUCACCCCCGCAAUUUCCGCAAAACACAGAUUGUCCUAAAUCAAAGACCAGUAGUGAAAAAUCAUUGCAAUCUAAAUCCGGCAAUUCCACUACUCAAGUAAAUGGAGAAAGAUCGUUAUCGAGUGAUGACGAUAAUAAUAAAGAUAAAACGAGUACCAAAGAACCAAUUAUAAACGGAACUGAAAAUGUAAAUGUUGUCAAUGGUGACCCAAAAAAUGUUUCAGAUUGUGAUAUUAGUAGUAGUGAUAAUACUAAAAUAGUUUCUAAUGGAAUUAACAGUGAUUCAGAUGAAAUUAAUGAUAUAAUUUUAACUCCAGAGUUACCUAUAAAAGUUAUUGAUCCUAAGACAGUUGGUAACAAGAAAAAGGAUAAAAAAAAGAAUAACUCUUUGGAGAAAAAUAAGGAAGUCGAAAAGAAAAUGUCUAAAGUCGAAAAUAUAACUGAGGAUAAAAAAGAUGAGAAAAUCGUAAAGAAAUCCGAAAAUGAAACUGACAAAGCAAAAGACGACACAAAUACAGUCGUUAACGGUGACAAAGAAAGGGAGUCUUCACCGAGUGAGGAUGGAGAUGAAAAGAAGCGUGAUGCUGAAGUUGUGUUUAUACAGGAUAUGGGAUUCACUGUUAAAAUUGUUAGCCCACGAGCUGAACCAUUGGAUAUUCAGGUUUCAAGUAUGGAGCUUGUACAAGAAAUACAUCAAGUACUUAUGGAUCGCGAAGACACAUGUCACAGGACAUGUUUUUCGCUUCAAUUGGAUGGUGUAACACUAGACAAUUUUGCUGAAUUGAAGAAUAUUGAAGGCCUCAAAGAAGGUUCAGUAAUAAAGGUAGUAGAGGAACCGUACACGAUGCGUGAAGCUCGGAUCCACGUACGCCAUGUGCGUGAUCUCCUCAAGUCUAUAGAUUACGUUGAUGCAUAUGCCGGUCAAGAAUGCAGCUCCCUUGCUUUUCUGAAUGUUAUCACACAGGGAGAUAUACUAGAAAAGAAAAAGUCUCGUCCUGAAAGUGUAGACUGCACCCCUCCCGACUACAUAAUGCCUGGUAGCACAGAGCGGCCCCUAUUGUCCCUACAUCCUGGGCUCACUAAAGAAAACAAGGCUCCACAGUGCUUAAAGGUUCUAACAACGUCGGGCUGGAAUCCACCGCCGGGACCGCGAAAAAUGUGUGGCGAUUUACUGUACCUUCAUGUCGUUACACUGGAAGAUCGCCAUUUCCACAUAACGGCUUGUCCGCGUGGUUUCUACCUCAAUCAAUCCACCGAAGAAGUGUUCAACCCUCGCCCAUUCAACCCGUCCUUACUCUGUCAUUCCCUAAUAGAACUACUUAGCAUUGUAUCUCCCGCGUUCAAGCGAAACUUCGCUCUCGUACAAAAAAGGCGAAUGCAGAAACAUCCGUUUGAAAGAGUCGCCACGCCAUAUCAAGUUUAUCAAUGGGCGUCGCCGAUGCUGGACCAUACGGUUGACGCUAUCCGAGCAGAGGACACGUUCUCCUCGAAGCUGGGCUACGAGGAGCACAUCCCGGGACAGACGCGCGACUGGAACGAGGAGCUGCAGACCACGCGCGAGCUGCCGCGCGCCACCCUGCCCGAGCGCCUGCUGCGCGAGCGCGCCAUCUUCAAGGUGCACAGUGACUUCGUGGCGGCGGCCACUCGCGGUGCGAUGGCCGUGGUCGACGGCAACGUGAUGGCAAUAAAUCCGGGCGAGGAGCCGAAGAUGCAAAUGUUCAUUUGGAACAAUAUAUUCUUCUCGCUCGGCUUCGAUGUUCGCGAUCACUACAAAGACCUCGGCGGGGAUGCAGCCGCUUUUGUCGCACCGCGCAACGACCUGCAAGGCGUGCGCGUGUACAGCGCGGUGGACACGGCCGGCCUGCACACGCUGGGCACCGUGGUGGUGGACUACCGCGGGUACCGCGUCACGGCGCAGUCCAUCAUCCCCGGCAUCCUGGAGAAGGAGCAGGAGCAGAGCGUCGUCUACGGCAGCAUCGACUUCGGGACCACCGUGCUCUCGCACCCCAAGUAUAUGGAGCUGUUAAGCAAAGCCGGGCAGCAGCUAAAGAUAAUGCCUCACUCAGUUGUGAGUGCGAAUGGAGAAACGGUGGAACUAUGCUCCAGUGUUGAGUGUAAGGGCAUUAUCGGCAACGAUGGGAGACACUACAUUCUGGACCUUCUGCGCACAUUUCCUCCUGAUGUAAAUUUCCUGCAAUUGGACGAUGAUGAUUUAAGGGAAGAUAUCAAGUCUAUGGGCUUCCCUAUUAUACAUAAGCACAAAUUGUGUUGCCUUAGACAGGAAUUAGUUGAUAGUUUUGUCGAGGCACGUUACUUUAUGUUCAUACGCUACGCUGCAUUCCACCUACAACAGUUAAGUGCGAAACGACAGCGCAAGACUUCAGAACAAAAAUCGAUUGAAGCUAACAAAGAAAAUGAUAAAAAAGAGGCUAAAGAGACUGAAAAAGAAACUAAGAGGGAUAAUAAAAGCCAAGAGAAGGAAACUAAGGAUAAUAAACAAAAGAAAGAUAAGCUAGACACUGCCAAAAAAGCCGAAGCCAAGGAAACAGAAGCAGCCGGGAGUGCGGAGACAAAAGAGAAGGACGAUGAAAUAUUGCUCAACGAAAACUAUUCCGAAAUCGAUACUGAUGUAGCGAAGAAAAUAGUGGAAAGUAUAACGGAUUCGAUAUGCAGCGGCGACAAGCCAGAAAAUGAUUCUGGAGAGCGUUCUCGGGCUGUGGUAGCGGCGGCGGCUCGGGCGGUGGCCUCGCUCAAGGAGUCCGAGUUCGACGUUAGAUUCAACCCCGACGUGUACUCGGCGGGCAUCAAACACGCCGCCACUCCGGAGCAGCUGGCCAAGCAGCGCCACCUGGUCAAAGAAGCCGCAGCCUUCUUGCUCACCACACAAAUUCCUGCCUUUGUGCGCGAGUGCCUGGAGCACACGUCGGCGCCCAUGGACGGCGCGGGGCUGACGGAGGCGCUGCACGCGCGCGGCAUCAACGUGCGCUACCUGGGCCGCGUGGCCGUGGCGCUGCAGCCGCACGCCAGCCUCGCCUACCUGCACUCCAUCGCCGUGGCCGAGCUGCUGCUGCGCGCCGCCAAGCACGUCUACACGCCCUAUCUGCAGGGUUGUGAGGCCAUGUGCACGGGCGCUGCGGUUGCACACUUCCUAAAUUGUUUCCUCGGAGCUUGCCAAAACCCCGCCGCUAGUGUCGCCGAAGCUCCAGCGAAGGCAGGACCGCGGUCGAGAGGGCGCAGGGCUAAGAAAACACAUCACACCUCGCCCUCUUCCCCGCCACCCUCGCCAGACUGGCAGAACAUCACUCCCAAGGCGUUGUUCGCACAAAUUAAACAGGAACUUAAGGCCUACUGGGGCUAUGAACUCAACGCUGAAGGCAUGGAUGUUGUGAUUGAAAAAUACUCCCUUCAAAAAAUAUCACUGUUAAGGUCAUUUGCAUUAAAAGUUGGGUUACAAGUAUUGUUGCGAGAGUACGACUUUGAAAGUAAAAAUAAAACAACAUUCUCAGGAUCAGAUAUUAUGAAUAUUUUCCCCGUCGUCAAACAUAUCAAUCCAAGGGCAUCUGACGCGUACAAUUUCUACACAACGGGUCAAAAUAAAAUCCAAGCCGGCGCAGUGUCCGAGGGCCACGAGUUGAUAGCAGAGGCUCUCAAUCUCCUAAACAACGUGUACGGCGCCAUGCACGGAGAAAUCGCUCAGUGCCUCCGCAUGGUGGCUCGUCUGUGCUACGUGACAGGCGAGCACAGGGACGCCAUGGCCUACCAGCAGAAGGCCGUUCUCAUGUCCGAGAGGGUCAAUGGGAUCGAUCACCCCUACACUAUCACGGAAUAUUCACAUUUGGCGCUUUACUGCUUCGCUAACGGACAAGUGAGCACAGCCCUGAAACUGCUGUAUCGGGCUCGCUACCUCGCUCUUCUAGUAUGUGGUGAAAAUCAUCCAGAGAUGGCUUUAUUGGAUAGCAACAUCGCGCUGAUCCUGCACGCCGUGGGCGAGUACGAGCUGUCGCUGCGCUUCGCGGAGCGCGGGCUGCGCGUGACGGGCGCCACGCACGGCGCGCGCUCGCUCAAGGCGGCCGUGGCGCGCCAUCUGCUGGCGCGCACGCUGUCCUGCCUCGGGGACUUCCGCGCCGCGCUGCAGCACGAGAAGGAGACCUACUCCAUCUACAAGCAGCUGCUAGGCGAGAAACACGAAAAGACCCGUGAGUCUUCGGAGUGCCUGCGCCACCUUACGCAGCAAGCGGUGGUGCUGCAGAAGCGGCUGGCGGAGGCCUACGCGCGCGGACACCACCACCCUGCGCCGCUGCACAUCCAGCCGCCGGCCAUGGCCUCCGUCAUCGACAUGCUCAACCUCAUCAACGGCAUCCUAUUCGUACAGAUAAGCCCUCAAGACAUAGAGCAGUUCAAAGCGGAGAUUGAAAAAAGACAGUUGAAAGACUUGCCGAUACCGGGCUUAGCCGAGGCGAGCGGGAAUGAGAAGAGCGAGAGCGACGAGCAGGCGGCCGUGCUCAAGGACCUGAAAGACACGCUGAACGGCGCCGAGAGUUGAAACUAGAGACAGCUCCACCUCGCCCCAUGUUCUUACUUUACUUUUACGGCCGCUCCCCACUUAGUGCGUGAAUCACGGCGCGACUCAAAGCUCCACGCUCCGAAUGAUUCGCGGUAGUUUCACGGUAAGGGUCGCUUGGCCAAGAUGAACGUUAGAGUAGCUCACUCUGAUUAUUUAUAUAUACUAUAAUGGGUUUACCUUACAUACCGUACCCUAUAAGAUGGUCUGGACUAACGAAUGGAUCAGAGAUAGAAAGUGAUAUACGAUACCGUAAAAUGAAAUAUGCUAAACUACGCCUGAGUGGAGUCUAUAUAUGUCGCGGGACCCUUCCCGGCUUUCGCAAGUGAUUCACGAACUAAGUGUAGAGCGGGGUUUACGAUUAUCAAUCGAUCAUAUUUUAUUGUUCCUUAAUGUCGAGGUAUGCCGUAGUGAAUAGUGUGCUAAGGUUUGAUGUAGAUUUUUUUUAUUAGUCUAAUUUUGAGAAUAUCGUUUCGAUCAAAUAUGUAUGAUUAAGUUUUAUUUUAUAAAUCGCAGAGUGCAAUAAUUUCGUGCAUGUGCAAUCGUUUGAAUGUUUUGUUCGAAUCGCGCAGAUUGGUCUGUUUCGGUCCACUCAGUAACACGGACACCCAGAGUAGUGCAAUUUCUCGUAGUGAUAAUAGCAAUAAGUUUUGGUUGUGAGUCCGAGACGAGCGCGUCGCUGAAAAUUUAUACUGGUGCUACUGCCAUCUUGUCCCUUUCGUUGAUGAUCACUUUGAAUUGUUAUUACUGAGUAUUAUUCAUUUUUAUUGCGGGAUUAUUUUGUUGAUAUACCCAAUAGUUUAUAAAUUCGUUUAUAUUGUCAUUGAAAUGUAACACGAUGGAUGAGGACCAGUCGCUGUAUCGAUUUAUAAUUUCCGAAUUCGUUAAUUUGUUACGACGAGCAAGGACGCUUGAAUGAAAGUCACUGAAAAAACUGCCUUAACUACUCUUAUUUUUAUCUCUCAAGUUAGUGUUUUAGUGCCAUAUAUGUAGUAACGUUAGGUUGUUGGUUAUAUUUCUGUUAGUCUGUGAUACGCAGUGUUUAUCAUUGAGAUACUUGCUUGCUCGUUCCAAUUUUGCUAAUUAAUAAAAGUAAUAUAUUUAAAAUCCUAUUUAUCAAACUUUGAAUAUGAACUUAUUUGUGACAAUAACCCAAAAAAUCAUGUAAAAAAAUCUGGUAUGUGGCCAAUAACUUUUGUGGGAUGUCAAAAGCUGUAAUUAUUAAAGAAUCUAAAUUGUCGUGAUUUAAAAUACUAUGACACCUCUUGUACUAUAUUGAUUUUACAGAAUUUCAAAAACUAAUUUUGCGCCUUUUGGACUUCAAACGUUGACUCAAUGCAUUAACAGACCAGCGCUAAUUGUGUGUAUCUCUGAUAUAAUUUAUUUUCCGAAAAUAUACUUAUUAAAUGUAUGUUUUUAUUUUGUUGAAAUGAAAGAGAAAUAUGCGCAAUUUUCUUCAAAACAUGUUAUUUAUUUUAUAAUAAUAGGAUGAACUGUUAUGAAUAACACUUUCUGGGUGUCCUUUUUUUAUAAAUUUGCUCCCAAAAACAAAAUUGAAUGAAAUUAAAGCAGUCUGUUAAUGGUUUGGGUUCCAAGAGUUACAAUUAGAUUAGAAUGAAUAUUUGCGUAGGUGUUAUAGCGAUCCGUAUGCCCAUGUUGAAGUAUCUUGUUGUUUACUUACUAUAUCCGUGUGUACGUAAAGUCGGGCAUCAUUAUUCCUAAUGUUAUAUUUAAAAUUUAAGGAAAUUGUUCGAUGUUUACGUGCCUAAACAUACAAUAAUGAUGUUGUUGUUACAUUUCUCUAACAAUAUAACGAUCAUGUAAAUACGGCGCUGUUCGUAGUGUACUAAUAUAAUUCGUUUUUAAAUAA